CGUGAUUUAAUUAUUUUAAACUUGUAUUUUAAACUUUUAACUGUCAUGGUAUUAGUAUUUUUAGUGCUUUUACUUAAACGUGAAUGAAAACCGUUUAAAAAUAAAUAUUAGUUGAUAUUUUUUUAUUUCAGGUUUACUUUAGGCGGGCUGCCAAUAGAAUUGUACGAUAUCAUGAGUUCUUGGAACAUACUACUAGAAGCAGCAAAAUUUAUAGAAAUGCAAGAAGAAAUGCAAGAAGAACAACAACACAGUCGUACGACGGUAGCAGCCGAAACCCUUGCAGCAAUGAAACCAGUUUCCCCUACUCUUACUAAAAUCAACCCUGCUCCUACGAUAGCUUUAAGUCCAAGCACUCUUAAAACAGUUACCGCCAACUCAGCUUCCCAAACUGUGGUUAUUUCGUCCAACAAUAUUUCCCCGGCUAUCAUUCAGGGGCCCAUUGCGUUUUCAACUUCACCUCCACAAAUUGUGAAAAAAUUAGAACAAGACGCUCAGAUUUCCAGUACAACGGUGCCACAAAUAUCACGACAGAGAGUUCUGCACAACAGUUUUGAUAUAAGAAAUUCCAUCGGAAAUGACGACGGUAACUCGGACGGUAAGAGAAAACAACCUCCCCUUGUAUUCCGAGCUGGUACUCGGGAAGUACAUAAUAAACUUGAAAAACAUCGGCGAGCGCAUCUGAAAGAAUGUUUCGAUCUUCUGAAGAAACAAUUGCCGACAACUCAAGACGAGAAAAAACCAUCGAAUCUCAGUAUUCUUCAUUCUGCUUUAAGGUAUAUCCAGACUCUUAAACGAAAAGAAAGAGAACUCGAACAUGAAAUGGAGCGUUUAGCCAGGGAAAAAAUUAGUGCACAACAAAGGCUAGCCGUAUUGAAAAAGGAUAUAAUGUCUCAUUACGAUAACAUAGAUUUUUCCAAAAUUUUACCAGAAGGUAAUUUAAGUCCAGUGGUAAAUUCUUCAAUGUCAGUUAAAGAUGAUUUGAAGGACCAUGUUAUAGACAAUGGAUCUCAUAUUCACAAUGGUGAAAGUCAAGAGAUUUCAGUUCCUAUUUUAGCGAAAAGAAGCAUACCCGUCGUCACUCAAAAUCUAUCGAUUAAAGAGAUUUCACAACCAGUCCAAACAACAGCCCUAUCUGUGCUUCCCAUGACGUAUCCAGUCAACCAAGGUUUGGUCCUUCAAAAAGUCGCCUUGGUGCCAAAGAGUAUAGACGGCCUAACUCCUUUGGUAUCCACCCAUUUCCUAGCACCACAACAAAUUAAUGGAAAGGUGGUACCAAUAACACAGUACCUGGUAAAACCUGUUGUAGUGGUUAGUACUGCUUCGCCACGCCCGAGCUAGUGGGGAUGAGGAUUGCAUGAACAAAGUUGGGGGUAGAACUGAGGGAAGAGAGUGAAAACAUUCACAAAUUCUGAAGAACGACUGAGCUAUUGUGGAUUUUUAUUUAUCGUUUAUGAGAAGUAGUAUUUUUGUAUUAUCAGAUUAUUAAAAAAAGUGAGUGUAGAGAUACUAGUAUAGGAUAUUUAUGAAUACAUGUUAAAUUAUCUAGAAAUCAAUAUCAGAUAGGUGAGUACAUAAUAUAUUUAUCUUCUGAUAUUUAAGUUAUAUUUUUAUAACUGCUUAUUGUCCAAUCUAAACUAACAUUCAAAAGAAUUAUAAUCAUUUUUUU